UGUAAUUUCACCUGGAUUCUCACCAGAAGGUUUCAACAUGGCUGUGUGUAAGGCAAACAUGCUUUUUGUGAUACUAACAAGUUACACUGUGCUGUUAAACCGAUGCGCAAAUACCAAUGAGUUGUUGAUGCAAACAUUUUCAAAAGUGUUAUCGCUUGAUAACGAAUUCAGAAAGUCACAUGCCUCGCUUGAUGAAAGAAUGGAUAAACUGGAGAUAAAACUCGAGAAUUCGCUGUCUGCUUUGCAGACGCAGUUAACGGAAGGACUGGAACGUAUUGCACAGACACAGAAAAACUACGAACCCAAACUAGGUGGAAUUACAAAUAAUUUUCAGUCGACAAUUUCCAACACCGUGACGCAAAUGAUGAAGUCCCAAUACACUGCAAUAAAUACUGCGAUGAAGCAAGAAAAAGUGGCUUUAAUGAGUUUGAAAACUGAGAUGAAAAACCAUAUGAAAAACAUAGAUGACGAGUUUCAAAAUGCACAAAGCAGUUUGGAUGAGCGUUUGGCAAAUCAAACCAACGCAAUGGACUAUAAGCUUGAAAGACAUUCUAAAAGUUACAAGUCGUCAUCCGAUUCGAUUAAGUCAGAUUUAAGGAGUCUUACGAGCCGCGUAUCCUCAAUCGAAAACAUGCUUCCGGUGGAUGGCCAAUGGGCAAACUGGAUGGGAUGGACGAAGUGUGACACCCGAUGUAAGACAGGACAAAUGUAUCGUUUAAGGGAGUGUAACAACCCUGCCCCGCUAUACGGAGGCGCCAGUUGUCCCGGAGAGGAUCUAGAAAUCCGAGUAGACGGACAAUGGGGAAUUUGGAUGGGAUGGACAAAUUGUGUCACUCACUGUGAAAAGGGAAAACAAUUUCGAACAAGAGAAUGUAACAAUCCCGCCCCGCGACACGGAGGCUCCAAUUGUACAGGAGAUGGAACAGAAAUCCGAGCUUUUGCUGACUGUUCGGAAAUAAGGCAGAACCUUGGAAGUGUGCCCUCUGGCGUCUAUCAUAUCACAACAUGGAAAACAAACCAACAUGCGAAAGUGUUCUGUGAUAUGGAUACCGAUCAAGGAGGCUGGACCGUGUUUCAACAUCGUGUGGACGGAAGUGUGGAUUUCUAUCGCAAUUUCUCCUCAUACGAGAAUGGGUUUGGAUCUCUGCAGGGCGAAUUCUGGUUGGGUCUGAAAUUGAUGCAUGAGAUGACAUCCCGGACAACACAUGAUUUAAGAAUUGACAUCACACGCGCCAAUGACAGCACCGCCUAUAUCGUAUACGCUGACUUCAGUGUAGGAGCCGGGUCUAAUUAUACCUUACAUGUAGGAGAUGCACUGUCAGAAAGAGGACUUCCAGUGGUUCCGGAUAGGUAUCAGUUUAAUUCCUAUGCAAACGGUUCUGCCUUUUCCACAUUUGACCAUGACAAUGACCAUUCGUGGAGUAAUUGUGCCGUUGACUAUCAUGGAGCAUGGUGGUACAGAAACUGCAUCUAUUUGGCGAACCUGAAUGGCUUGUAUUACACACCCGGAACUUAUGUCAGCAACAGAACCGCUAUGAUAUUUGAUAGCUUCGAAUCUUUAAAAACUAGCAGAAUGAUGUUUAGACCUUCUGUGUAGUAAUAAUUCAAUCAACACGUGCUAUUUUUUUUUCUAGCUAAAUAUUAGUUUACAUUCAAUUGAGAAUUGUUCUACACAAAUGAUAAAGGGCAAAUUUUUCAUAAAAUUAAUUAAGAAUUUUGUACACAAAUGAUUAAGGGGCAAAUUUUCAUAAAACUUUAUCAGGAAAUGUUUGUUUGUUCUUAAUAGUUCUAAAACUGCACUUGCACAGAUACACCAUUUUUACAACUUGUUUUGCACAGAUACACCAUUUUUACAUCUUUUUAUUUUUAUUUUUUUUGUCUUGGAAAGAGCAAAUAUUUUCGUAAAUAUCAGCAAACCAAUGAUAAAAGAUUGCUAACAAAAGAUAAGAUCACAGAGUUUUAUAUUUUCGUUCGAAAAUCAAUGUUUUGAUGCUUAAACUGUUACUUACGGUUUAAAAAAAUGCACGGUUUCCAAUGAUUUUCGCAAAAGAUGGCACGAUCCCAGACUAAAAAAAGUUGUCGAAACGUUCAAUCUGUGAGAGUGCAGUUUUGUACAAUGACAGGUGUGACUUCAUAUUGCCACGUGUAUAUUUAAACGUUAAAUAUAUAAUACCAAUAUGGUUGAAUCAGAGUAUAACUUUUGUGCAGUUGUCCUUUGUUUACUGACAUGAGAACUAAAUAUAUCCUGAUUUAAUCUAUUAACACUAUAAAUAAAUUUGUAUCCAUCAUGUCUAGUACUAAUAGUCGGACUAUUAGAAAUCUUUCAAAAUUUAAUCCCAAGACAAAACGUACUGAUGCUCUUGCUGUCGUUUCUUCUUUAUUUCAUGCAUUGCUUUAUUCAUUUGAGAUACAGUAGAAUCCCGUUGGCUUGAACUCACACGGAUCGGCAAAAUUUCCUCGAUCGGAAAAUUCGAGCCAAGCGGGAAUGCUUACCUCUGUAUAUAGACAUCGGUCUUUUACAUCUCAUUCAAGCCAACGAGGAAUUCGAGCCAAUCGAUCUGGAGCCAACGGGCUUCGACUGUUUAUAAGUAGUUUGUUUAUACUUGUCAGAUAUUACUUUGUUUAUUUUUUUCUUUUGAAUAGCGAUAUGUGUAUACAUUAGGAUGAUUGUGUUUGGCAAAAGGCGUGUAUUUGCUGCUAUUGCCACUAGCCUGAAACUGAAACUGUAAACGCAUUGAGCGAUUGAGGUCUGACGUCACCAAGUUUUUUAAUAGCAAUAUGUUUUUCCUGUAAGAAAAUCAUUGGCUAGAUUUAGAACCUAUUGUUAUAACUCCAUAUUAAAAAUGGUCGAUUUUUUAGUAUUGAUAGAGAUGAUCGCUUCUGUAUUUAUUGUUUAUUUUACAAAGACAUACUUGUUAUUGAAGAUGAAUAUCAAGUUUUUUUAAGUGUUCAAGAUUUAAUGACAUCCGCGAAAAUUAUUUGUUUUUAUGGUAGAAAUACUGACAUUUUUCAUAUCUAUAAUGUGAUGGCAUUGGAAAAUGUUACCCAUAUUAUAUCUUUUGGUUUUUACGUUCAUAAACUCAAGUUAGCUAUAGAUAACACUUAACUUUUUUUAACCAAGAGACACUACUCGUAUUUAGCUACAAAUAUGUAUUUUUGAUAUUUGAAUUGCAGUGUAACAUGUAUUAUGGGCUGGAGGCCUUUUAAUGAAUAAACUUUCGUUUGUUCGUUCGAUAUAGGAGAAAAUGGUGACUGUAAAUUUUAAUAAAUUAUAAAAGUCAAUAUGUACACAGUUGAAAACAAAUGUUUGCCAACAUGCAUUAUCUGAAAGUAAUCCCUUUCAUUUUGUAUUUUGACAUGUUUUUGUACUAUGUAUUAUUUCUUAUAUUUAGGAUGUGUUUAGUCAUUCUCAUAAAUAUAUAUGUUGGAUGAAGGCUUUUGAUCCUGUUGUAUCACCAGUUGCUGUUUUCAAAAAAAACCCAACAUCUUAGUGACAUAGGGAUUUAUUUAAAAAAAGUUGAAUUCGACGAAAAUAAACUAUGUUUUUCCACCAGAAAUGUGUACAAACCCUUCUAGAAUUAAAAAAAAAUCGACUCAAACGCGAUAAUUACCAAUUCAAACAUUUUGAUGAAUGUUAAUAAUAAAAAUAAAAAUUGCUUAAGCGUAACUUUUGAAUGAUUAUCAAAUCACUAUCUUGAACUUGUAUAGACUUUGUUUCGUGGCGUAAUGUUGAUAAUCAUUGCAAUCAAAACAUGUGCAUCUUUAUUUUGCAAACACAAUUGGCUGUUGUUAUGUAGCAACAUUAAAUCGAUUACUUUUA